AUGGAAGAAACUUGUAAUCGAAAAAGAUUCAAGAUUCCCAUCAAGUGUAAUGACCAAGAACAACAAGUAUUAGUUGAUACGGGCGCUACAAUUAGUACGGUAUCCAAAAAAGUCGCUGAUAAACUAGGUUUAACCCAAUUUGUUAUUGAUACUCAAAUCAUCCGUUAUGGUAAUCGUACUAUGCAAGCUACAAAUUGUAAGGCAAUGAUGGAUUUCACGUUCAACAAGACUGAAUCCAGCCGUGCAUAUUUAUUAGUCGUAUCAGAACAAAAUGAAGAUGUCAUUCUAGGAAUGGAUUGGAUGGACAAGGAAGAUAUAUUGUUACGUCCCAAGAUAAAAUCAGUAACAAAACACACCAAUUCUUUAGAACAAGUGAAUAGUGCAGACUUGAUGAUCGAAGAAAUGUUGGCCAAAUAUCCUAGCUUGACAGAUGAAAAUGACCAACAAACUAUCACUACUGCUCCCUAUGAACACGUUAUUGAUACAGGAGAAGUGUAA